AUGGCUGUAACUAACAAGAUCAACAAUAACAACAACAAUAUUAGCAACAAUAACAUUGCAACUUCACCAUCAUCACCAUCAUCAACUUUCUCAGCAUCUUCACCACCACCAUUAAUCAGUGCCAAUUCAUCAGCUGAAAGUAUAUUUGAACGUCAUGUUCAAUAUGGUUAUUCACCAAAGAGUUGUAAUUGUUCACAACCAUUGAAAAAUUUCCCACCUCAUCAAGAACGUAAAUUGAGUAAUUUCAAUUUCAUUCCUCCAGGAUUAGAUAUAACUACUACUGGAUCUAGUUUUAAUUUGAAUGACAACAGUAAUCCUAGUAGUACUAGUAGUAAUAAUAGUUUUGAUAAUUUUUUCCAAGAUCAUGUUGAAGAUGAUCAUGUUAUUGUUUAUCGACGUAAUUCUUCAUUAGCAUUGAAUUCAUUAAAUGCUGCCUUGGGAAGAAAAUAA